GUUCACUGCACCGCUCGCACCACGUAGGUCCAAUUCCUCCAAGCGUCCGCGGCCUCCCGCUGCGCCUGCCCAAUCCCAUCCUUCAAUUUCCUUCCCAGCUUUCGUCCAUCUCCUGCACGCUAUCCGGUACUGCCGCUCCCCGGCUUUGUCCAUGCUCCGGGUGCAUGAGCGCGUCAGUAGUACUAAGACUCCCUCCCUCCCACCCACCGCACUCCCAGCUCUCGCUCGCCGACAUCCUCACGCAGCGCCGCCAAUUCUUCCUCGAGUCGCCUGCUGAUCCCUUUCCCGUCUAGCUCCUCCCACGACCUCCUGCAUUCUUCACCGCCAGCUCCGACUUGGGACGAUACUCGAGCCUACACCUCCCUCCGUCUGUCCUGCCUACUCUAAUACCGCCGUCCGAGAGCAAUUGCUGCAAUGCCUGUUCGAAGCAUCAACCCGUUCGCAUCCACCGCCCCUACUCCCCCCCUCGAUCCCUCCACCGAGAAGCGCGAGUCAGCGCGUCGACAAUCCUUCGCAAAAGGCAACAAGUUCACCUCCCUCUUCGGUGGCUCUCCCAAAUCACGGACCGACGCCGCUCUCCUGCGUGAGGCAUUCGUCGCACAGCAACAGGCGCUGCUCAACAACCCCUCGCCCUCGCAAAUCUCGCUCCCGACCAUCAAUCUGACUACCGCGACCGGUGAGAAGAUGCCCACCGAGCCCAAGACACUCUUCCAGCCGCCUUCACCAGAGGAGCAGCGCCGCCUCGCACGAGCACACGCACAAUUCGGUCCCCUUGGCUCCCAGAAGCACCGCUACCUCAGCAAAUUCGAGGGCGAGUUCGGCGACCCCAUCGAGGACGAGCCGCCAUAUUAUUUCCUUUUCACCACAUACAUCAGCUACUUAAUCCUAAUAGUAUUCGGACAUGUUCGCGACUUCUUCGGCAAGCGCUUCAGGAAACAACACUACAGCCAUCUGCAGGAGAAGGACGGAUAUGCGCCCCUCAACAGCGACUUUGACAACUUCUACACGAGGCGGCUGAAGAUGCGCAUCAACGACUGCUUCUCGCGACCGACAACCGGUGUGCCUGGACGCUUCAUCACCGUGCUUGACCGCAAGUCAGACGACGGCAACAACACCUUCAAGAUGCUCGGUACCACCACAGAAACCCUCAACAUGAGCUCCUACAACUACCUCGGAUUCGCUCAAUCAGAAGGCCCCUGCGCAGACGCCGCCGAAGCUACCAUCAGGAAAUACGGAAUCUCAAUGGCCAGUCCCCGAUCAGACAGCGGUACUUCGGACCUCACCGUCGAGGUUGAGGAUCUCAUUGCCAAGUUCGUCGGCAAGCCAGCUUCAAUGGUCUUCUCUAUGGGUUUCGUUACGAACGCUACCACUUUCCCUACCAUUGUUGGAAAGGGCUGCCUCAUGAUCUCUGACGAACUCAACCACUCUUCCAUCCGAUUCGGCGCUCGUCUCUCCGGUGCCAUGGUCACAAUGUUCAAGCACAACGACAUGCGCGAUCUCGAGCGCAAGCUCCGUGAAGCCAUCUCGCAAGGUCAGCCCCGAACCCACCGCCCAUGGAAGAAGAUCUUGGUCGCCGUUGAGGGUCUCUACUCCAUGGAGGGCACCAUGUGCAACCUCCCCGGUAUCAUCAGCCUGAAGCACAAGUACAAGUUCAACCUUUUCGUCGACGAAGCCCACUCCGUCGGUGGUGUCGGUCCUCGCGGACGCGGUGUAUGCGACUACUUCGGCAUCGACCCCUCGGAAGUUGACAUCCUUAUGGGCACAUUGACGAAAUCAUUCGGUGCGAACGGUGGUUACAUCGCCGCUGAGAAGCCCAUCAUCGACAAGCUCCGCACCUCCAACGCCGCCAUGCUCUUCGCCGAGUCACCUGCACCACCUGUCCUCAUGCAAAUCUCCUCCGCCCUCCGUAUUAUCGACGGUUCCAUCGUCCCCGGCCAAGGUGAAGAGCGUCUCCAGCGUCUCUGCUUCAACUCGCGCUACCUCCGCCUCGGUCUCAAGCGUCUCGGCUUCAUCGUCUACGGCCACGACGACUCCCCUAUCAUCCCCGUCAUGUUGUACAACCCCGCUAAGAUGCCCGCCUUUUCCCACGAGAUGCUCAAGCGCAAAAUCUCCGUCGUCGUCGUCGGUUACCCAGCCACACCCCUCGUCUCAUCACGUGCCCGCUUCUGCGUCAGCGCUGCGCAUACCAAAGACGAUCUCGACCGUAUGCUCACGGCUUGCGACCAGGUUGGCGAGCUUCUCCAGCUCAAGUUCAGCAGUGGUGUAGCUGGGGGUGCGGAGCCUGAGGAGCUGCUCGAGAUGAGCAAGGCCGCGGAUGACAACAAGGAGACGAUGCCCAAGCCCCCAAGGUGGAGGAUAGAGGAUGUGCUCAAGAGGACUGUUGAUGAUGUACAAGGGACGCUGCGGUAAAAAGAAGUAUUAUACGUAUCUUAUAUAUGUCCUACGCAGCAUCUUCUUUUCAUCAACGGUCUUGUCACUUGACCGUCAUCUUACUGGUUUCACGACGUUACUUAGCACUUUUGGAGCAUAUCGGCGCGUUUGCUUGUACCAUAAUUUUCUCGAUUCAAUACCCUCGCUGUUGGCUUUUUUACACUACUAAACUUUUUCUAUGUCCACAUGGCAUUGCACUUUUCUGAAGACAUGAUGAUGAUGUUGUUGAAUUUCCGACUUGGGAUGAUUACCUGUGUGUUUGCGUUAAUGUUUUACUGACGUUUACUUGCAUGUGGUUUGAGAGCUGACAUAUAUUGAGGGUAGUCGUAAUAUUAUGAUGAAACAACUAAUAAUGGUAGAGCGUAGAGCGUAGAGAUGUACAUAGAUAAGAGAUCUAUAGAUACAUAGUGUACAGUGAAGGGCGAUAAAGGAUAUGGCGAUAUAGACAAUAGUAAACGAACAUGAACCUAGAA